CUACAAGUCCUGCCCAUUGCUCCCGCUGUCUGAGGCUGCGCGCGCAGUGGGAUGCAGAAGGAGUGGCGGAGCGCGCGCGUGUGACUGAAGCAAGCUUCGCAUAUUACAUACAGUAGGUAACCUAUUCAACUCAACAGCUGUUUUCCCCACUGUAUACUCAGUGGUCAAGUGAAAGAUAAAUGGACGUAAACCUGUGACUCUUAAGUCGCACCUUCCCGAGGCAGUUAACGGGACGAAAGGCGAGACAGCGCAUUCCGAAAGGCCGGUGGGUGUUGGUCGUCAGCGGAAAAGAUGGGUACAGUCCUAUCUAUUUCUCCCACAUCUAGAAAGGGUGGGAUUCUGGAUGAGAAAACGGACGGGGGGAACGGGGCGAACGGAAAGACGGAGAAGAGUCUAAAGCGCCAUUCGGUGCUCAUAUCGGCUCUGACGUGGAAGCGGUUAGUCGCUGCCUCGGCCAAGAAAAAGAAUGCCAAGAAAGUAAACCCGAACCCACCUGUCUCACAGAUUAGUAACCCCGUGGACCAGCUAAACACCGAAAAUCUCAAGAAGUCUCAGUCAGGCUCCGAGCGCAAGACCAAGGCUGGACCACUCGCCGUACCAGUCCCUACCGUACCGGAUAAAAGCUUUCGAUCCAAUCAAACCCAGAAUGCGCCCCAGAACGGAAAACAGCUCAUCUCGGUACAAAGCCAACCUAGCAGUCGUUCGAUCAUCUCUCCUAGACGAGUCAUCGUCCAAGCUUCGACCGGAGAGCUCCUCCGCUGCCUGAGUGAGUUCAUGUGCAGGAGGUGCUACAAACUCAAAGAGCUCAGCCCGAAUGAGAUCAUCCUGUGGUUCCGCAACGUCGAUCGGUCACUUCUCAUCCAAGGCUGGCAAGACCAGGGUUUUAUCACUCCUGCCAACUUGGUGUUCGUGUACCUGCUCUGCAGGGAAGCAGUGACCGAGGAUAUUUCCAGCGAGUACGAGCUGCAGGCCACCUUUCUCACCUGCCUGUACUUGGCUUACUCUUAUAUGGGCAACGAGAUCUCAUACCCGCUUAAGCCCUUCCUGGUGGAGACCAACAAGGAGGUGUUUUGGGAGCGCUCCCUGCGGAUCAUUGACAAAAUGAGUGCCAAAAUGCUGCAGAUCAACUCCGAUCCGCAUUUCUUCACCGACGUUUUCCAGGACCUCAAAAACGAGGGCGGCUCGAGUGACACGAACGGAAAAUGGAAUAAUAACCUGGACCGCUAAAUUUCGUAGGGAGAGAGAGCUCUCUGGUAUAUCUCCAUGCCCUUGCUCAGAGGGUGAAAUGAAUGUAAGGCCCGACGGUGUGAAGAGUGUUGCACUCUAUAUUGCUGGCUUAUGGAAACGGACAGGGGGUUUUCGCCUCACCUCCGUGAGAGGGGGUUUAAGAUAUUACAUGUGUAUAGUACAACCUUCAAGACGCAGUGAAUGUCACGAGCGCGAUCUGGGGUUUCUUCAUAGUUUACUUAAUGCAUGCUUACAAACUAUUCUACUCGUAUCAUCAUUGUGGUUUUUGAAGAAAAAUAACCCUAUCUGGGGCCAGGCUACAGUGAGAGAUGUAAAUGAUUAGCUUGUGCGUCAGUUUUCGGGUCUUAUUUUUCUAUCAGUUUCAGAAACGAUGUAGUCACCGACGCUGCGCUGUCCAGGGUGCUAGCCUGCAACAGACACUCUUCUCUUGUCUCCUGUGGCGCCUUAUGCUGUCUAUCUGAACGUUGAAUGUACUGUUUUACAGCAAAACGACUCUCUUAAGUCAAUAUGUGCCAAUUGUCAUAGUAUUGUAUAUUUGAAAAUAUAUGAAUACAAAUA